AUGCCGGGGCCCCGUGUGCUGGCCGCGAUAUGCGGCGCACUGCUCUGCGCCUCCGGCCUCCUGGAGGACACCGAGAUCUUCUGUGACUCCAGCCCAUGCAUGAAUGGUGGGACCUGCCUGAGGGACCGUGGUGAAUCAUUCCACUGCACCUGUUUGGAAGGCUUCACGGGCCGCCUCUGCAAUGAAACUGACAAAGGUCCCUGUUCCCCGAACCCCUGUCACCAUGAUGGCCAGUGCCAGGUGGCCAAGGACCAGCUCCGAGGGGACGUCUUCAUCGCUUACAUCUGCCAGUGCCCACGGGGCUAUACAGGCAUUCACUGCGAGACCCCGGAGCCCUUGAACUCGCAAGGGGUCACCCUGUCCACCGCCCAGCCUUCUGCAGACUGCAGUAUGCCCCUGGGCAUGGAGGGCGGCGCCAUCGGUGACUGGCAGCUCUCCGCCUCCUCCUUGCAUUUGGGCUUUGUGGGCCUGCAGCGCUGGGGCCCCGAGCUGGCCCGCCUGCAGCGCAGCGGCCUGGUCAAUGCCUGGACGGCCAGCAACCACGACCAGAAGCCCUGGAUCCAGGUGAAUCUGCUUCGGAAGAUGCGGGUGACUGGUGUAGUGACGCAAGGUGCCAGCCGCGCUGGGACUCCCGAGUAUCUGAAGACCUUCAAGGUGGCCUACAGCCUCGAUGGACACAAGUUCCAGUUCAUCCAGGACGAAGAGGGGUCUGGAGACAAGGAGUUUGAGGGCAACAUGGACAAUAACAGCCCGAAGAUCAACAUGUUCAAGACCCCUCUGGAGACGCAGUAUGUGCGGCUAUUCCCCGUGGACUGCCGCCACGGUUGCACCCUCCGCUUUGAGCUCCUGGGCUGCGAGUUGAAUGUUUGCUCAGGGCACCUGGGCCUGAAAGACGGCAGCAUCCCCGACGAGCAGAUCACAGCCUCCAGCAGCUACAAGACACUGGGCCUGCGUGCCUUCGGCUGGUACCCCUACUACGGGCGGCUGGACCGGCAGGGCAAGUUCAACGCCUGGGCUGCCCAGGGCAACGACGCCAAUGAGUGGCUGCAGGUUGACCUGGGCUCCCAGAGGCAGGUGACGGGCAUUAUCACCCAGGGGGCCCGCAACUUCGGCUACAUCCAGUACGUGGCUGCCUACAAAGUGGCCUACAGUGACAACGGCAAGACCUGGACCGAGUACAGGGAGGCCGGGGCCACCGAGAGCAAGAUCUUCCUGGGCAACUCGGACAACUAUUCCCACAAGAAGAACAUGUUUGAGAAGCCCUUCAUGGCCCGCUACGUGCGGGUGCUGCCCGUGGCCUGGCAUAACCGAAUCACCCUGCGCCUGGAGCUGCUGGGCUGUUAGCAGCCGCUGUACCUGACUUGUUUGUUGAGAUGGGGUCUUGCUAACCACGUGUCUCCCAGCCUGCUGCAUGGUGUGACCUGCUGCCUUCCCAGCCUUCCUGUGACUCCAGGGGCUGGGGUGAGGAGAGGGGGGUCCUUGCCUCCUUCUUUC